AAAGCUCACGCGUGUCAGAAAAUGGAAAAGAAAUCCGGCUAAGAUUUUUGUCCAGUCGCUGUCACUCCUUUUACAGAAAGACCGCGUUUUGGACCGACCCUUUGACUCGCGUACGUGUAUCUGGUGGUAUCUCAAUUCUCUCUCCGAACUGAGUGGCAUGCGACUGUGAUGUGUUAAGGCCCCCCACCAUCGAAACAGUCGGAAAGGCAUUUUGAUCUCCGUUGAAGAAUCGUGGGUUCAGUUCAAUUUGGGUGCUGGGUACUCCGUUUCUCUUGCUGGAGUGGUGAAAUUUGUGUGUUUCUGUGGGAGCUUGUGCUUCUUGUUUUGCAUUUGAAGGCUUUGUUUUUGGUGGUUGGGUUUGAUUUGGGAAAAUGGAGGAGAGGUACGAGCCAUUGAAGCAGUUGGGUUCUGGGAAUUUUGGGGUGGCUAGGUUGGUGAGAGAUAAGAAGACUAAGGAGCUUGUUGCUGUCAAAUACAUCGAAAGAGGAACGAAGAUUGAUGAGAAUGUUCAGAGGGAAAUCAUUAACCACAGAUCGCUGAGGCACCCAAAUAUUGUUAGGUUCAAGGAGGUUCUGUUGACCCCAACACACCUCGCAAUAGUCAUGGAAUAUGCAGCUGGAGGUGAGCUUUUCGAGAGAAUAUGCAGUGCCGGUCGGUUUAGUGAAGAUGAGGCUAGGUUUUUCUUUCAGCAACUUAUAUCAGGAGUCAGCUACUGCCACUCUAUGGAAAUUUGUCACAGAGAUCUGAAGCUGGAAAAUACUCUUCUGGAUGGAAGUCCGACUCCGCGUCUUAAAAUAUGCGACUUUGGUUACUCCAAGUCAGCUUUGUUACAUUCACAACCGAAGUCAACAGUUGGAACACCUGCCUAUAUUGCUCCAGAGGUGCUGUCUCGGAAGGAGUAUGAUGGAAAGAUUGCAGAUGUAUGGUCAUGUGGUGUAACACUGUAUGUGAUGUUAGUUGGAGGAUACCCGUUUGAGGACCCUAACGAUCCUAGAAAUUUCCGCAAGACCAUUGGGAGGAUUAUGAGUGUUCAAUACUCGAUACCAGACUACAUUCGUGUGUCUACAGAUUGCAGGCAUAUCCUUUCUCGUAUAUUUGUUGCAAAUCCUGCAAAGAGGAUCACUAUCCCAGAGAUAAAGAAGCACCCGUGGUUUCUGAAGAAUUUGCCAAAAGAACUCAUCAAAGGUGAGAAAACCAACUAUGAGACCGAACGGGACCAGCCUCUUCAGAGCGUCGAAGAAGUGAUGCGGAUUGUUCAAGAGGCCAGGACUCCUGCGGAGGGAUCUAAAGUUGGUCAAGGUGUGGCCGGUCCUUCGGACCCUGAUGAAGAUGCUGAUUUGGAUUCUGAAGUCGAUAAUAGCGGUGACUUCGUAGCUGCAAUAUGAUACAGAGCUCUACCAAAAAACAGUUCUACUGGGAUAAAUUCCUCCAGGGUCUUGGAAGGCAUUUCUAUUGUUUGGUACAGAUUGUACAGUCAUAAUGCUGGCUAUAUUAUGAAUCAUGUUCUGUGGCUUGCUACAUACUUUAAUCUGUAGCGCGUGGGAAGCUCACAUUCGGUGGCUGAUCAUUGUUUAGGAUUGAGUGCACUGAAAAAUGAAGUGGUGUUUUCAUUGACUUGA